CAACUCGUGUUCAUUAACCUCCUCUUGAAGUACUCUGAGAGCUCCAGAAAUGACCACAUCACAGGAAACACCUUAUGUACACGAUGCUUCACCCAAAAGUAGUGAUUCGCCAUCCCCUACAAUGAUAUACCACCGCCCGUCUCUGCAUAUAUCUCUCCCAAUUCUAGACAUCGUCCACUCCGCUGCUGGAGGUCAUUACUCUGGAGCGCCCGUGUCUGACGAAGACGACCAAGUUUUCACGUCUCCUGGAAAGCACAGUUCAUCUAUGGAAGGAGACGAUAUAGUUCGGGAUCGCAUUAUGGCUGAUCUGAAGGAGUUGUACUGUUGUCGGCCAUCAAAGGAGAUUUUUGAAAGAACAUGGAGGCCCGAUGCAGUUUUUGAGGAUCCCUUGGUCAAAUGCGAGGGUUAUGCGCAGUAUGCUCCUCAGUGGUUUGCUAUGCCAAAGAUUUUUUCAAAGUCAGAGACAAUCUCGAGUCGGGUCAUGUCGUUUACGCGCUUGCCGAGACAUCUCGUCUACUCGCAAACGCAAGAGUAUACCUUCCGGUAUAUUGGAACCAAGAAGCGAAUCGACUCUAUCAUCGUCGUAGAAUUGGAUGAGGACUACAAGAUAAUCCGUAUGACAGACCAGUGGAGCGGGAAGGAGUUUUCAUCCUGGUUCGUUGUCAAUCUCGUCAGACGCGCGAAUGCGCUCGUUACGCCAUGGUUCGUUGGUGCACCCAAAGCUUGAUCCCAGCGUACAGAAGAUAUUCGGACGUCGAUUUUGAUGCUACAUCGUAGCUU